AUGCCUCAGCUACCAGUCAUCAUCAUCGGCGCUGGUAUCGCUGGGCUGACCCUAGCGAAUGGCUUGAAGAAAGUCGGCAUCCCUUUCGAGAUCUACGAGAGAGACGAUGACAUUGAUUCGCGGGGACAGGGAUGGGCAAUAACAGUACACUGGGCGCUGCCUUAUCUCGAGGAGAUGCUAUCUCCAGAGGCCUUUAAAGCCUUCGAGGAGACGCAGGUCGAUCCUGCAAUGAUGCAGAAAGACACUGGCACUUUCCUAUUCCUGAAUCUAGAGACACUUGAUCCCAAAUUUCGCAUUCCACCCAACAAAAGGCGACGAGUGAACCGGAACAAGAUGCGAAAAGCACUGCUCGAAGACGUCAAGGAGCAUGUCCACUGGUCGAAGCGCUUGGUCAAUCUCGAUACCAAAGAUGUCUGGAUCACUGCAGAGUUCCAAGACGGCUACAGAGCGGCUGGGUCGAUUGUCGUCGGCGCAGAAGGGUCGAAUUCGAGGACUCGCCAGUUUUUAUGCCCGGAUACGUACAGGAACUACGAGCUGCCGAUUCGCUUUGUCGGCGUCGCUAUGGAAAUGACCCACGAUCAGGUAGCACCCUUGAGAGAACUAGAUCCACUGCUCUUUCAGGGCAGCCACCCGGACACUGGCAUAUACUUGUGGGUAUCAAUGCUUGACGUGCCGGACACGAACGGAACUCUGGGCACCGGACAGGAGCAUUAUCGUGUGCAAAUCAACCUAUCCUGGAAGGUGCUUGACGACUCCGAUGAGAUUCAUAAUACCAAUGCCGAACGCCUGCAUCAGAUGAGAACGAAGGCUGAAGGCUUCCACAAGACCUUGAGAACGGCUAUAGAAUCGAUCCCGGAGGGCACUGAGGUGGUGCCAAUCAAGCUAGCAGACUGGCUACCUCAGCCUUGGAUGAACGACCGUGUCACUCUGAUUGGUGAUGCCGCACACGCCAUGACAAUGUAUCGAGGCCAAGCUGCCAACCAUGGCAUCUUUGAUGCACACAUUCUCCUCGACAAGCUCAAGAACGCAUAUCCUGACCGAGACCAGUUAGCCCAGGCGCUCUUCGAGUACCAGGAGGCUAUGCGGGAGCGCACUGCUCCGGAAGUGUUGUUGAGUAGAGAAGCUUGUGUCCAGGCACAUGACUUCAAUCUUCUGAAUAAGGAUUCUGCAGUUCUUAGGCGGCGUGCCUGA